AAACUUCAGUUUGCUGCACUGCAAUCACCCAAGAUGCUUUACAUUUGUGUUCUCAGGCUUUUCCUUGUAACUUUCUUGUCAAUCUAUGCAUUCUCAGAUGAUAACAUGAGUGUGGACGAGUUUCUCAAUUAUGUCAACCCUCCUGCAAUUCAUAGAUAUCAGAAGGAAGAUGGAGGUAUCAUCUUGUGCGUGAGAUUCCAGGAUCAGCUAACAUUAAGAUCACAAACCUCCCAGAAUGCCCAUAAAGUAGAAAGGAGAGGGUUCUUCAAACAGAAUGGAGGUGGUGGUGCAGGGAAUGUCAGCCACUCAUGUCCUCCUGGAACGUUUUCACUCAGGGAAGUGAAGAAGGAAGACGUUCUCAGAGUUGGUGGUGUGGAGAAGUACAUCAAGAAGCCUUCUCCUGAAACUAUUGAUAUUCUUGCUGAGUAUGAGAAUACACGCUCUCACGAGUAUGCGGUUGUGGAGUUUACUUUCGACACCCCAGUUAUUGGUACGAGUGCUUACAAUAGUGUAUGGAAGCCUCAUGUUGCAGAGGACGCACAUUAUAGUUUGAGUCAAGUUUGGGUCACUGAAGAGAAUCGCCUAGAAACAAUUGAAGCAGGGUGGCAUGUGGAUCCACAGAGAUAUGGUGAUGAUGAUCCAAGGUUCUUUGUAUAUUGGACUGCUGACAGAUAUCUAAACACUGGCUGCUAUAACACCUAUUGCUCUGGAUUUGUUGUUGCGAACAACUUUCUGAUCAAUUUCGGAGUUCCACUCAAGUCAACAAAAUUAUUUGACUCAAGCCAAUAUGAGCUGCCGAUAACCAUAAGACUAUCUGAGAUAGAUGGAGAACCAGCUUGGCUUUUGGAAGUGUAUGGAACAUUGGUGGGAUAUUGGCCUUCUAGUUUGUUUAGAUUUAUCAGCCAGUCUUCUUCCCUCAUUAUAUAUGGAGGGGAAGUAUCAUACUCAGCAAAGAAGAAAGGGGAGAGUUUAAGCAAGACAGAGAUGGGGAGUGGGCGGUUUCCAGCAGAAGGAUGGAGAUCAAGUGCACAUAUAAGGCAAAUACAAUUCUUUGGAACGAACAGCAUUAAGGUGGAUAAAUAUAUCAUGGCUUCAAACACCAAUUGCUAUGAUAUAGUUGUUGCACAGGACUAUGGUUUUGGAGGGCUUUACGCCUUCUAUGGGGGACCUGGGGGUGGUUCACAGAAUUGCCGAGCUUGAUUAGCAUUUGUUAAAUCAUUAAUUUUCGUUGAAGGUUUCUUUUUCCUUCCAAUUUCAUGUAGAGGAAAGUUAUUUCAAUGUCAUUUACACACAAGAAUAUGCUGCCACAAAUGGAGUCGUAUAAAGAUGCAAGAUAUAGUCCUGAGAAAGACCUUUAUCAGCAUCCCUCUCAAUGGGUUUGUUUCUCAUGGGAAAAGGGUUUUUGCAUAAAUUUUAUCUAACAAUUACUAUCAAUUUCCUGUGGUAACCUGCCACUUAUCAUUACAGGGAAGCUCGAUUGAAGUUAAGUGAUUGGCUAUGUGCCUGUAAUAGUAGAUGAGUUUUAAAUUAACUUUGUGGUAAGUAGGAACAAAUUGUUAUAGUUGGUAAUUUUGAUUAUUUUUAUGUUGACAUAAUUCAUAUUGUUGUCAUAUUGUUUCAGGA